AUGGCGACCGCCGCAGAUGUCGUCUACAUGGCCGAACCACCCAUCGGCGAGGCUAGAUUUGCAGCUAAGACCGUGGGCAUCGACUUGAUUACCACUUCAAUGGUCAUGAGCCUUGCCUUCUUGGCUACAGGAAUGGAAAUGAUCGAUCUAGGCGUUGUAUCGCAUUUCUGGCAGGUGACUUACGCAGAUUAUAACACCGGGUUUCUCAUUUACGGCACAUGUACCACCGUGAAGUAUUCUCUCAGUGUUGUACUGGCGAAACUCUCCUUCUUGUUCCUCUACCUGCGGUUGUCUCCCGAUCGAAGCUUUCGAAUAAUCGUCACAAGUCUCAUCGGAAUUGUCAUCGCUUAUUCUGUGGCCUAUCAACUGCUGAGCAUCUUCGGUUGUCGUCCAAUCUACGCAUCAUGUGACGCAGAGGCACUAUAG